AAAAUAUAUUAUUCAUUAAGUAGUCAUUACUUUCUUUUUAGAAAUAUCUAUUCUGACAUAUGCAUGUCAGAAUCUGCAUAAGUUAUAUGCAUAUGUUAUUAGGUAUAGUAGCACAAAAGAAUAUAUCAUAAAUAGGUAAUGUUUUAUAAUUUUAAAAUAGGCCACUAGGUAGCGUAGUAGAGGAAUAUAAAUUAAACAUGAAUUCACAUGCUUAAACUUUCAUCUUCCAAGUGUCAUUCGUAUUUCAGUUGUCAUAAAUUCUUUACUGUCAUGUUAUGUAUAAAAAAAUGGUUAAUUUAGAGGAGUACAAAAGUAAAUUGGAACAAAUUCGUCAGCAUGCACAGAAAAAUGGAAUUUCUGAAUCUGACAUUAAUCAAGCUUUACAAAAUUCGUUUUGUAUUCUUGAAAGAAGAAAUAAAAAAUGUGGUGUUUCUUUCUGCACAAAAAUUAUAGCUGUAGUCAUUUUUAUUACAAUUGUAUGUUUUAUAUCUUUCGAUCAAAGGUUUUUGGUAGUUAUGUUAGUUAGGAAUUUACAGAAUUCCAUUUAUCCAGGUUUAAAAUUACUUCGAAAAAUAGCUGUACCAGUAAUUGAACAGUAUCCUUCUUUAUCUGAUUUUUAUGAAGAAUGGUGUAUAUUAGAAAAUCCAUUUUUCUAUGUACACGAUAUGGAUUGUUGGCCAUGCAGUGUUGUACAUUUCAUACCUGAUUUAACAGGAUAUCAAAUAUCCAGGUCAUUUAAUCCUGGAAUUCCUUAUACAAAAACAGAAAACUUUUCAGAGGUUCAUAUGGAAGAUAUACGACAACUAUAUUUAGGAAAUUCAGAAAUGUUUGAAAAAGAUGCUGCGAAAGUAUUUUCUAACAAUUUAACUUAUAGAAAUAUUAGAGAUAUUAUGGAAAGUAAAGUAGACUUACAUCCUACAGAAAAUUUAAAUAAUCAUAUUACUUGGAGAAUCAAUCGAAUGACUCCAGCAAGAAUUUUGAGGAAAUUAUUUCCAAAACCUACAGAUACACCAAAUUGGUGGGAACAGAGCAUAGAGAGAUUUAUUUUUUUUGAUGAACCAAAAUCUCCACCUUAUUCUUUACCAAAUCCUGAAUGCAGUAAUGUAGUGAUUAGAUGUGCAACAGGUACAAGACUGAUAAAAAUGAUAGCAAGUUCAGAAUGUACUAGUUCUUGUAAAUCAUUUACAGUAUUAUUAUCCUCUGGAAAAACUUUGUGGUACAAUUGGUGGUACUGGCGUCCGAUUAGCCUUCCAACUUUAAAUUCAACAAGUAUUUCCAUUAGUUACUUGACUUCUUUUUGUUAAAUUGUAUUUUUAUAUAAUUUCGAUUAUUUAUACAUAAUUACGUUUAUACUAAAUAAUUUGUCUACA